AUGGCAUAUGUCAACCACGAGCUCCACGCGCAGUAUUAUCCUGUGGAAAGUGCGGCCUAUUCUUCCCCUCCCCAACAACUCGCAUCCUUCGCAUUUUCGACCGCUGUCUCUUACCAUCCGACGAGUUUGGAGACGUCACACGCGCAGUCGGUCCACGACACAUCUCUCCAAACUGUUUUUUAUCCGCAAGAGCUUUAUCCGCAAGACGUUCCUCCACUUCUAGAAUACCCUGACUCAGAGCGAUCUGAGUUAUUGCCGAAGGCCGAGCCAGAAUCCAAUCCCACCGAACUUGAUGAAUCCCUUGGAACUGUACAGAGUUCCGCGACCAAACCAGACAAUAACCCGGAAACCGCCGUCGGCGUCAAACGUCAAGAGGCCCAUAAUGUGGACUACUAUACGCCACCUCUCUCCGAGUCACCCAGAGAACUCAGUGGAGAAGAGGUUGAUCCUGAUGCCAAAAGACUGUACGCCCUCCAAUGCCGAAGGAGAAACGGGCACCCCCAUGUAGCGUGCUAUCACUGCAAGCACAGGAAGAUGAAGUGCGAUUCCAAAGUCUACGACAGGGACGGCCGCCCAUGGUGCCAGCCAUGCAUCGACCGUCGAGGACCGUGCUAUUGGCCACCUCAGUACCACCAAUAUAUAAUGGAGGCUCACGCCAAUGCAAUGGCCCGAGGAGAAGUCCUCACAAACAACAUGGAUGACUUCGACCCGGGUAAAUGUUUUGAGCGCACGUCGUGGUCGUGGAGGCGUAAUCUUCAAACUGGGCGGAAUGAGUUCGACGACAAGGACGAACCGGAGACACGCAGGCGUAAAAGGCGAUCGCGGUUGUAUAACUGGUGGGAUAUCUUUUCGGUCCCAGAGACCAUUGGGGAAGAGAAUUCUGAGGAUGCUGCUACAUGA